CAGAAACAUCAAAAACAUGGUUUCCUUAACCUCCUUAGUUCUGCUACUUGCAGCUUUUGUUCUGUCCCCCCAAGUGCUUGCUAACUAUGAAAAACCUCCUGUGUACAAGCCUCCCAUCGAGAAGCCACCUGUGUACAAACCCCCAGUUCAAAAACCACCAGUGUACAAACCCCCAGUUCAAAAACCACCGGUUUAUAAGCCCCCAGUAGAAAAACCACCGGUUUACAAGCCACCGGUCGAGAAACCACCGGUUUAUAAGCCACCAGUAGAAAAGCCACCAGUUUACAAGCCACCGGUUGAGAAACCACCAGUUUACAAACCCCCAGUUGAGAAACCACCCGUUUACAAGCCACCGUAUGGAAAGCCACCCGUGCAUGAGUCUCAAUAUGAAAAGCCACCGGUGUACAAGCCCCCAGUGGAGAAGCCACCAGUGUACAAGCCCCCAGUUGAAAAGCCACCAGUUUACAAGCCUCCGGUUGAAAAGCCACCGGUUUACAAGCCUCCGGUUGAAAAGCCACCGGUUUACAAGCCCCCAGUUGAAAAGCCACCGGUUUACAAGCCUCCGGUUGAGAAACCUCCGGUGUACAAGCCACCAUAUGGGAAGCCACCUUACCCAAAGUACCCUCCAACUGAUGCAUGAUAAGAGGUGUACUAAGUAUAUGCUAAAUAAGAGGCAUAGCUAUUAUUACUAUACCAUUGCCAUGCUCACGAAUUAUGGAAAGGAUUAAUCUUAGUUUCUUGGUUUCAAGUUGUCUUUUUUACUGUCUCUGGCCAAGAUAAGAAUAUGCAUGCACGGGAUGAAAUAUUUGUGCUUUGUACUCUAGCUUAUGAAUACAAUGUCUUUUAAGACUUUCUGAUA